CAUAGGUCAUACGUCAUACGUGAUACGUCAUGUGAGGUCGUCUUCUUCCCCCUCCCGGAUCAUUCUAGGCUCCAUUUUGUUUGAUUUUGGAGUUUGCGGUCACUGUUGUCAGCCUGCAAGGACUCACCCCCUCCACGAGAACGACUUAAGGUAAACUGCGUUACGAACAGCACCAACAUGAGUGGAUGUCGUAUUUUCAUCGGCCGUCUGAGCCCGUGCGCCAGAGAGAAGGAUGUGGAGAGGUUCUUCAAGGGGUACGGACGCAUCCGAGACAUCGACCUGAAGAGGGGCUUCGGCUUUGUGGAGUUUGACGACCCCAGGGAUGCUGAAGAUGCUGUUUAUGAGCUUGAUGGAAAAGAGUUGUGCAAUGAAAGGGUGACCAUUGAGCAUGCCCGCGUGCGUCUGCGUGGCGGCCGCGGCAGAGGAGGUAGCGGUGGAGGAGGACGCUUCUCUGAUCGCUAUAGCAGAGGAUCCCAGAACAGUCGGAACCGUAACCCUCCACCCAUGCGCACGGAGAAUCGCCUGAUUGUUGAAAACUUGUCCUCUCGCGUCAGCUGGCAGGACCUGAAAGAUUUCAUGAGACAAGCUGGAGAGGUGACAUUUGCGGAUGCACAUCGCCCCAAACUCAACGAAGGGGUUGUUGAGUUUGCUGCUUACAGUGAUCUGAAAAACGCUCUUGAGAAACUGUCUGGAAAGGAAAUCAAUGGCAGGAAAAUUAAGCUCAUUGAAGCAGCAAAGAAGAGGUCGAGGAGCCGUUCCCGGUCUGAGAGCUCCUCCCGCUCGCGGUCCCGAUCCCGUGGUCGCUCUCCGUCUCGUUCCCCCCGGCGCUCCCGCAGCCCAGCCAAGGCCAGCAAUCGCUCCCGUUCUCGCAGCCGUUCCCCCGCCUGUGGUGCCUCCUCCCCGUCCAGCAAAUCAAAGGAGCCGGCCAAAAGGUCCUCCAAGACGAGCAAGUCCGCCACCCCGCCCUCCCCUCUGCCCGCUCAGAGAGCCUCCGUCUCUCGUUCACGCUCCCGCUCUCGCUCACGUUCUCGCUCUCGUUCCCCCUCCACUGACAGCCAACGCUAGACGCUGUGGUUUAAUGUUGACAGGAAUUAAGUCUGGAACAACUUCAAGAAAUGUAAUCAGCUCCAAACAGUUCACACUGCAGCUCCAAUGACCCCCUUCUGAACGCAGUUUUCCUCUAGUUAUCAUGUUUUUCCUCUGGGUUGCUGUCAUUUAUGUAUUUCAAAUUUUAAAACACUGCCACAGCCUGAAAGAUUCUGUGGUGUUGAAUUUUUUUACUUCAUUUUAGGGCAUUUCAGAUUUAAUAACAUAAAAACAGACUGUCUUUAAUCUCCAAUUUGGUAAUCAUGUUUGGACCCGUUUGUGAUUUUACACUCUGACUCCUCCCCCUCUGGGUUCACUCAUCAUUUGGUCCAGUUUAGCUGCACCUUGGUUGCUUCUCACCACAUCACCAAAGCGCCCGGGUAAACCAGUCCCACCGUUACUGGGUUUGUCACGCGAGUCAUCUCUAUACUUUGAAAACUUCAGUGAGGAAUCUGUGUUGUUAAAUAUGCACUAGGAUGCUUUUGAUAAGCUAUAUGACCACUCUCUUCACUUCCUUUGAUGAUACUUUUGCUUGUUUUUGCCAGUCGAAUGACUUCUCUUUUUAUCAAUUCUCCUGUUUUGAUCUUAUCAGCAACUUUUCUCAAGACCUUUAACCUCUUUUCCUGUAAUUUUGACCUACUGUACCCUACCACAUCUGGUGUUUGUCAUAUCUAUACCUUGAGAUGCUUGCAUGUGCUUUACUUUGAACAAAAAUUAGUCUCUUAAUCCUCUUUGAAAAGAUCUUAUUAAUGCUUCAAAUUCAAACACAAGCCACCGUUAUAUAACUGGCAUUGGCAGCUUCAGUAUAAAGGGCACUGUACCAUAAUGCACAUUCUUACUGCGGUUGAACAGCUAUACAGUCAAUAAACUGUACAUUUCAUGAAUCUUACAUUUUCUUGCAGUUGGCUGUUGAAGUUUUAUUUUGAAAGGGGCUGUAAAAAAACUCCAUUUGGAAUAAAGUCAACACUUUAUAGAAUGCGGUUUAUUCUAGCGUUGUAAUGUUCUUUUAUUUUGUUUAAAGGUUUUGUGUACAGCAUUGCAGACUUUUGUUUUACUUGAGUGUAUAAUGUAAUUCCAAGUGUACCUGUUGGUGCUGUUACUGAUGUUACUGUGGUUUAAAUGAACGCAUAGGCAAGACUUUUGGACAUUUUUGUACAUAAGGAUUUUAUUUUCAGUGAAAAAAACAUCAGACGUUUGUAUGGUGUAGGAAGACAAUGGAAGUAAACAAUAAAAACUGAUUUCAACUAAA